CCAGGAUGUUGCAUAAAAUAUCGAGAGGAUGAAAGCUUAAUUUGUUUACAUGUGGAGGUCUUCCCCCACCAUUGUGUGGUUGUUUGUAACCUACAUUUAUAUACACGAUCUCCUUGUGACAUUUACUCCUCAGCUUGUCAUACUAAAAUGGCACUAGAAUUUGGUGGUCAUGGAUUAUCGAUAACCUCAGAAGCAUUCCCUCCAUCACUUGCUGUGAUCGAAGGAGGAGACUUGCUAAAUUUGACAUUUCAUUUGGAUUAUAAUGGGACAGAAGGUGGCUUGUUUGAGAAUUCUUCUGCCUGUCAGUCUCUCAAGAACAGCUCCGUGUUCAUAAAUUUUUUAAUCACAUUGCCGAUUGUGUUUGACAUAGUAAGCCCAACAAACCAGACUAAUCAUUCUGGAGUAGUUAUUACAGAUUUUUCAAACUGUUCUUUCACUCCAUCUUUGGAUGUAAACUCAUCAGAGGUUGCCAAGAUGAACGUGCCUGGAUUUAAUGUGUUAGAAUUUAACGUCUCUUCACAAAAUGUUAGUUGGACGUUAGCCCUCGACGUGCAACUCAAAUUGUUACAUUCAGCUAAAGCUGACAGCUUAUUGAAUAUAACUGCAAAUGUAACUCUUUUGAACGUAUUCAGUCAAGUUAGCAUUGCAACAUAUAGAACAGCAAUUCCUGAAGAUCUUCAGCUCAGGGCAAAUGAUACUUCAUUACCAGAGACACCAGGUGUCACAUUAACAUCAGAAGAGGAAAUAACAUUUGUUGCAAGCUUCCAACUUCCCAGGCUAACAACUUCAAAUCUUAAACUUCAGCUUAUGCUUCCUACAUUCAGAAAUUCAACUCCCAUGAAAUUUCUUAGUGGUUCUGUGUUGAGCUUAUCAGAAGGUGUUGAAUCAAAGUUGCUCCGUGAAGGACUUGGACCCCUCCUGAGUGUCAGUCCUUCUACAUUACUCCUGUUUCCGCUUUCCAAAAAUGUUGCAGAAUUUGCAUUUGGCGACACUGUAAACAUGGCAAAUAAAUCUUCUAACGGGACCAUAACCGUGAAAGUUACUGGUGCCGUGGAGUCUUCACAAGGAGUGUUUAGUCCAGAUGCUGAAGGGAAUGUCAGUUGUAUUCUCAUGUAUGAUUCGCCUAGCGGCAUACAUAAUAAUGCCGAAGAAGCCUUGAUCACUUUGAAGCUUGGUCAACCAUUACUUGAGCAUCAUUUAAAUACCAAAUAUCCUGAGUGUUGCUAUGAGGGGAAAGACAAGAUGGAGCUUCAGUUUGAAGUUAAAAAUCCUAAUAUUUCUACGGCCCCAGCACUGAAUGUCACAAUCGAUAUUUCAGUUCCAUCUGUGGACAUAGAAGUUCAGAGUUUUUCAGCAAUGUUGUGUAGCAAUAUCUCAGUUUCCAAUGUGACUGGGAAUCAAAGUCUGGAGUCAUAUGAGGUCAUAUGUGCAGAUUUGAAAGGAACUAAUAUGUUGACAAAUUCUAGCUCUGGAGUAACAAUAGAGUUAUCAAGGUUCAAUUCAUCUUCUUGGGUGUACGGACACCUGUCCAAUCAAAUCAAACCCUCCGUGACUGCAGGUAGCUACCAUGACAACUUCUUAACCCUGGAAUACACUCGCAAAGGAUGGUUGCCAUUAGAGAGUGUUGAUACACGGAUAAUUGAGAUUAAGCAGGUGAUUCCAUCUGCUCUCUCAGUUGUUAGUAGCAAUGUGCCCCAUCCAACACAAGACUUGAUGGUUGUCACCAUUGGAGAGGAUGUAGUUUUGCAUGCUGCUGUGCUCAUUCCAGUGUCCACAAAUGCCAACUUCACAUUGAAUAUUAAUGGAGCAGGUUUUGAAGGAAUAGCUGGGCAUGUGAUUCAAGUUGGAAGAAAUAUAAAAUCACUUCACGGGCAGAUUAGAGGAACAAAUCUUACUGCCACUGGAGCAAAUGUAGGUGGGAAUCUUGGCACUGUCAUCAAUGUUGGAAACUUUUCCCAGUCAUCUGGUGACAAUGUAAUUGAAUAUCAAGCAACCAUGAGAGCUGUAGAUGUUCUGCAGAAUACAAAUGGAAGAACACAUGCUGUUGUUUCGAGUACAAGUGUCAAUGGAUUUGGUCAACCGUCUUCUUCAUUGCUGUUGAAGAUAAUUGAACCUGACCUUUCUGUCACUGUGAGUGUGGAUCAGACCUCUGAAGUACAGCCGGAUCAUGACCUCACCUUUACUGUACAACUGCAUCAUUCCAAACGGUCAACUUCACCUGCUUUUGGGGUGCUUCUAGAAAUUGCUGCACCUAAAGAGUACUUCAAGAAUGUCCGAAAAUCUGGUACUCCAAGCAGAGGUGAUCUGUCCGUGAAAGCUGGAGACCAGGCCCCUAGUGGAAACCUAAGGUACAAUAAUGUUAACAACAACGUCCUUGUCUAUCAAAUAUCCAAUGAUCUACCCCUUGGACAGAGUGUGUCUUUCCAAUACAAGGCUACAACUGUAAGCAGCCUCUUGCCGAGUAUUUUUGUAUCAUCUCCAGUGUACCUCUCCUAUGUAACAUUACCGCCCAGUCUGGCCCCUCGAGAAGGAAGGAAGUAUGAGGAGAACUCUGAUCAGGGUACAUUCUUGACAUUCCGUCCUGAUCCCUUUGUGACAGUCAGCUUUACCCCCCCUACUGGAUCUUUUGAUGGUGGCGACAGAGUGGAAUAUGACCUCACGCUGGAAAACAUUGAUCCAACAACAACAGCCCAUUCCUUGUCCAUUGUGGUAACCUUUGAAGCACUUGAUACCAGUAGGCUGAGCGUAACAUGCAGCCGAGGAACACCGACAUUUAAUGUCACUACACAAGAGUCGAUACUUUCUAUUUCAUCGCUCGCACCAUCGCAAAACAUCCAAUGCAGUUAUGUAUCAGUUCUUCUAGGUCGCCUCAGUCCCAAGCAGUUGAUAUCUCAAAUGGUGACUGUCGAGUACUAUAGCUCGGAUGUCGGCAAUAGACCUGACAAUUUUGCCAGUUACAAGGAGAAAAAGCUUGCCAAUCUCACCACGAAGUCUAUCAAUUCCACAAUAUUAGCUAGUCAGAACGCGGAGAAGUUACAGGCAGGGGAUCCUGUUAAUUUUACUCUUCAUCUACAACUGCCAGAGUGUGAAACCAAUUUAAGUGUGGUUGUUGAUCUGCCAGCGGUUCCAGCCAAUGUCAUUGAUCUCUCUCGUAAAAGGAGAGAUGUAACAAGAAUGAGGAGUGGCAGUGAAGUGGUUAGACCGAGGUCGCGCGUCAAACGCAAUGCCGGUAUGGUGUAUACCCUUUCUCCUGUUCUGAAUGAAAGCUAUGUGAAGCAUGGAGACGGCUUAACAUUAUCCCAGCUCCCGACUAUAACACCAGUGAAUGGGAAUGAAGCUCUGAAUGUGGCGUUUGGUUCUGUAUUGAAUCUGCCUGGUUCUGGACCCAAUGACACCAUUGAGGUUUUCCUGAAGUUUCGGACUGCAAACAGGCCGCUGGUGUUGAGCGGACGGCCCCUCAGUUUGCUUGCCACGUUGAAGUUUGAUGCUGGAUCAGAUUCUUCCGUUAAAAAGUUUGUUAUUAUCGGACCGCUGCUGAAACCACUUCUGUCGAUUGUGAAAUCUGUGGAGAUAUUGCAAGGAAAUAUGGACUNGGGGGGGGGGGGGGGGGGGGGUAUUAGGGACAGACGCCGUAAAGUGUUUGGUUUCUUUGCUCUUGGUGUUCUUCUUGGCUUGCUGGUCGGUGCCGUGAUCGCCGCCAUCUUGGUCAUUGUUCAAACAGACGAAAGCAUUGUUCCUAUUCUGUCGCUGGACAACGCCUCUCAAACAGAGAAAGAGUUAAAUAGUCCUCUUAAACUUAUUGAAUGCAACAGGCAGUGA